GGGGAACAGUUAGUGAGUGAGUGAGCGAGUCAUAGCUUAGCGAAAAUGUCAGGGUUGGGAAAGAGAAAGGAUGAGGACCUGGAGUUGGCUUCGGAAGCCAGCGAUGUUCAUGGUCAGGCCCCCCCCAAGAAGACCCUCAAGAAAGAAGACACUGCCGAUGACUCCGACGGCGUUGUCGUUUGCGAGAUCUCCAAGAAUCGUAGGGUUUCCGUACGCCAUUGGCAGGGCAAGAUCUUCAUCGACAUUCGCGAGUUCUACCUCAAGGAUGGCAAGCAAUUGCCUGGCAAGAAAGGAAUCUCACUUACCAUGGAUCAGUGGAAAAUAUUUCGGGAUCAUGUGGAGUCAAUUGACAAGGCGGUUAAGGAAAAUUCAUAGGGAAGAUUAGUCGUUGGAGUUGGGUGCCCCUUUGUUCAUUUUGUUUCUGACAUAUGUAAUAUGUUACUGUUUUUAAGCCAUUUAACCCUGCCUUAGCAGUAGUUAGUUUGCUGGGCUUCUGUUGAUAUUAAGGGAGGAUAUGGUAAUACUAGAAUUAAAGGUUUGGGUUAUCAGAGAUUGAGAAACACCAACUCAGGUUGGCUUUAUUUUGUAUCUAGCUUGUGAUUAGGACCGACCUCUAAGCUCACUGAUGGAGCAUUUUAUCAAUGUAUCUGAAUAUGAUUCAUUGAUUUAUAGUUUAAACUUUGUUAUUUGUUUUCGUAAUGUCACAGCAUUUGUUUAUUGA